AAACUAUCAAACUGAAACUAGCGGCGCCUCCCCUCCACCCAGCUCUGCCGCUGCUAACCUUAGCCUCCCUCACUCGGCGACGGCGACGGCCUCCCUCCACUCCGGCGCGACUGCUAUAUCUGCCAGAGACGAGACGACCGCCUCCGCCUCCCUCCACCCCUGCGCGGCAGUGGCUCUUCUCCUCCGGCGCGUCGCGGCUCUGCUCAGCUUCUCCUCCUCCGGCGCGGCACGACUCAGGGAAGAUUAGAACUUCUUCCUUUUUUUUUCUUUUUUUUCUUUUUUUUUACAGAAUUUCUAGUGGAAUAUUGGUUUGAGGAUAAAUUGCGAAAUCAGGGCAAAAUUAGAUUUCUUGUGGAUUCAGAUUUCUUAUGGAUUCUUCUUGUGGGUUUAAGGCAAAAUUAGAUUUCUUGUAAAAUUAUCGUAUACUUUAGUCUUUAGUAAUGAAUGCAGUGGGAUUUUCUUGUGGAUUCUUCUUGUUAAGUGCUCAUUAUAUUGCUGAAAAUUUAGACUUUCUUGUGGAUUCUUGCCCUAUUGUGUUCUCAAAUUCAGAUUUUCUGUAAUUUUGCAGAUUUUUGUAAUCUUUCAGAUUCGGUUCGGUCCAACCGACUGAAACCGACGGGUUUCGGUUCGGUUCGAAGCCCCCGACUGGUGCUGUUCGGUCCUUCCGGUGGGAGUCGGUUCGGUUUUCGGUUUCUGAUAAUUGGUGCGGUUUCGCACCGAACCGCACCAAUGCACACCCCUAACUUGUAUUGUUGUUCGCUUUUUAUUAGGGUUUAUGAAACUUAAUCCCCAUAUUCGUCUUCUCCAUUUUUUCCCUUUCUUUUGAAUAAAUAAGAUAAGCUCAAGUGAAAAUGUUGCCGAGGUGGGGCAGAGUUUUGAGCCGUAUAAACAGGAUUAACAGUAUUCAGAAGAGCAGUGAAUUAGUGAAGAAAGAAUCAUCACCUUUUCUGUUCCGGGAUUAUGCAAAAGUUGCUGCCGCUGUGGAGCCAAAUGCUAAGAGCGACAUUAUCAAACCGGAGGUGAAUCUUAACAAGUUGUUUUGGUCGAAGCCACGUUCAUUGGCAUUAGCAGCUGACUCACCACAUAGAAUUUAUGAUCCCCAAUACAAGGGUAUUAGACGAUUUAUACUGAAGUUGAUGCUUUUCUACAGCAAGCAGAGUCAGUUCAUUCGUUGGGCUAAUGCUAUUUACAUUCGUGUGCGAUAUCAAGUUGAUAGACCUCCUAUUUACGAUGUGUUUAGGUUGGAGAAGACUUUCAAAACUACAUUUUCCUUGCUUGUCCUCCAUAUGUGGCUUUGUCUGCGUCGUUUGAAGGAAGAGGGGAAGGACGGUGUUGAGUUGGGGCAAUACUUAUUUGAGAUAUAUAAUCAUGAUCUGGAAUUGAGGGUGUCUAAGGCUGGGGUAAAUUUACUGUUAUCCAAAUGGAUGAAAGAAUUGGAGAAGAUAUUUUACGGAAAUAUCGUUGCUUACGAUGCUGCAAUUGGAAAACAUGAUGACCUACAAAAUGUUAUCUGGAGGAAUGUGUAUUCAGAUGAUGGUACAUCAAAACCAAGCGAAGGUGCCUUAGUUUCUGUCCAGGCAUUCACAAGAUAUGUUCGUCGUGAAGCCAGUUCUCUCUCAUUAACAGAUAAAGAAGCCAUACUUACGGGGAACUUCAAAUUCACGUCGUUGGAUGAUGGAGGUACUGAUGACACAGUAGGGAAGUAGUGCAAACCAUUGAUAUGGUAAUGGUUAUCAAGAUACACUUCAAGGCUGCAUAUAUUUAUUUUGCCAAAGAAUGACAGAUAUCUGAAUAAUGCUUCUUCUCGGAGAUGAAUUCCGAUCCAUGAAAGCUGAUUGCUGAAUCGUGAGUGAUGGUAUAAUUACAAAUGGUAAUCUUUGAUUGAUCUUCAAGAAAUUCAAGAUUUCGGCUCUCCAAUCGCUCCCAUAUCCUGAUGAGUGGGAAAAAAUGAACACGUGUCAAUAAGCGCCUACCAUUUAUUGCCUCUCUCUCUCUCUCAAGAGUAGUGAGUUUUAAGUCCCAUACAGACUGCUAAAUGAAAACAUUCAACUGGUUGUUUCUGGUUUCUUUUAUAAUCUUAAACACUGGGAAAUAGGAAUUUUGUGACAUCAAUGGAAAACAUGAUGCAUGGAUUCUCAAAGUUAGAUUUCAUAUAAUAAAUUGUGUUCUUUCCCUUUAUAA